CACGAAGUGGCGUCAACCUUCAGAGAUGGAAAUUACUGGUGGAAUGAACUGGCAGCUUAAUACCUGCACCUGCACAUCAACCCUCUGGAAUCCCAUUUCUAUUCCUCCUGUUCCCCACAUGGUACCACCUCCAGUGGCCUAUCCAGUGACUUCACAGCAAGUGCCUAUGUAUAGAAUGGUUCCAACUCCAAUGGGAGGUCCUUCCCUAAUAGCACCUCAACCCAUGAUUUACACCCAGCCAGACUUAAGGACCAGCAAUCCUUCCACUCCAUCCACAAGAAAUAAGCUUCUCCUCCGCGGCUCUUCCACGCCUGUCACUCACCUGCGCGCAGCCAGUCAGCACCCACAGGCUGAGUCCGAGGGAGAAGGGGCGGCUACUUCCUGCGCACCAAUGAACGCGCAGACUCACAAGGGAGGGGAGGGCUUGCUGGUGUGA